ACUUUCGAGUUUUUAAGUGUUGAUAUCUUCUCCAUCAGUUUAACACUCUUGAGAAGGUGUUUCACUCUCUGUCUCCCUCUGUGUGUUUGUGUGCGUACGUGUGCGUGUGUGAGUGAACACGCCAGGUCGCGUGUGUGUCGUGGCUGUGAUUUCCGUGAUGCGGUGAUUGGUACGUCCCUUUACCGUGUCACAACAUUUGGUGGAUUACCCUACUUUUUCCUGCAUCACAUACAGUACAUAGGUACCACUCGUUUCGUUCUUUGUCUGAACCUGAUCUCGACGGGGAAGCAAGACUUAGGUCAUCUCCACCUUAGGGCGCAACAAGUUCUAACUUGUAUUACUUUGACGACUCUGCCUUUUCGCCUGUAUGCAAGGGAACAGAAACGUGAAUACAUCACAAAAAGCAGCACGUUGUCAGGAUUGCAUUUUAUUAUCUCUCUCUCUUGUCCGCUACGAGUUUGCGCUUAUUUAGAAAGAAAUUGCAGUGCAGAAUGUACUCAAUGAUGAUAACAUUUUUGCUACUCGGUGCUUUUACGAUUGACGGACUGGGAGCUGCGACAACAGCUGGAGCGAAUCCCGGGUGCGCGUCGUGCGCUUUGUCGAUGAUGGAGAAGGGGUCGGAGGAGCAGCUUUUGAUCGAAAUGGCCAAGCAACAGAUACUGAAGAAACUGCAUCUGAAAGAAAGGCCGAACAUCACCAGCACAGUACCCCGAGCCGCGCUUAUGACCGCUCUUCGCAAACUUCAUGCGGGACGAGUGAGGCCGGAUGGGACACUCGAGUUGGAAGCCAACACACAUUCGAGAGAUCAAUCGUACGAGAUCGUGAGUUUCGCAGAUAUGGAUAAUGGUGGUGGUCAACCUGUCAUGAGCUUCCAGUUUGUGCAGGAGCAGGGGCACAGCGUGCAGGUCCUUCAGUCUAACUUAUGGCUGUACGUUAAAUCUUCCGACGUUGGCCAGAUGACGGCACGCAUCUUCCUGUCGGGGCAGGGCAGAGACUCCAACCGCACACUGCUGUUGCAGAAGACCCUGGAGGUGCAGACGAGCACGCCUAACUGGCACACCUUCUCCGUGGCGCGCACUCUGCAGACCUUCCUGGACGGCGGCCAGCGGCGCCUGAGGCUGGAGGUGCACUGCGAGGACAACGGGCGGAACCUGUGCGGUUCGCACGACACGGCCCAUCAGCCCUUCCUGGUGGCCCAGGUGCGUCUCCGGGAAGACGAGUCCAAGCACGCCCUGACGAAGCGCUCGCUGAGCUGUGGUGAGGACUCGAGCGUGUGCUGUAAGAAGGACUUCUACAUCAAGUUCCGUGACAUCCAGUGGCAGGACUGGAUCAUUGCCCCCGAGGGCUACCACAUGAACUACUGCAUGGGCCAGUGCCCGCAGCAUCUGGCUGGCUCACCGGGCAUCGCCUCGUCCUUCCACGCCACCGUCUUCAGCCAGCUCAAGGCAAACGGCAUCCACACCGCCGUGUCAUCGUGCUGCGUGCCCAUUCAGCGCCGGCCCCUGUCCAUGGUCUACUUCAAUUCCCAGCACAGCAUAGUCAAGACCGAUGUCCCAGACAUGAUCGUGGAGUCCUGUGGUUGCACGUAAAAUAAGAGAAAAGUACAACAGAUAAGAUUAGAUAAAUAGCUAGUUCAGUAAAUUAGGGAAAGAAAGGAGGAUUCAACUACAUGUACAGAAAUAUAAAUGGAAACAAUAUGCACAAAUAUGUUUCUGUACAUGACCAACCUGGUUUCAAGAUGUGCUAUCAGAAAAUUGGUCAUGCAGUAUUAUGCAAAUAGUAAUAGAAGUGACUCAUGACAGUUGUUACCUAAAUGGGUCAAAGUUCAAAUGGAAUGCCCCAAAGCCUUUACAUUAUUCAGAGGUAUGCAGUCAUAUUACCCUGAUAUAGCUAUAUUAUUAUUUUGUUUGACAUAACUAUUUUUGUAAUGUUUGAUACAUGCAGACUGUAAACCUUUUAAAUACUGUAAGCUUUUAGUGUGGUGUACUGUAUGCCGUGUAGAGAGCUCAGGGAAUCUGACAAAGACAUAGACUCUAAACAGGUACACGUAAAACAUGAAGAAAAUACUCUGAGAGAAUGAGUAAAAUCAAACCAAAAAGUCUUCUUUAACAUUCUUCUUUCAAUGACCUUGCGUAGGUCUGUGACCAGGUAAUUCUUUUGAAUCUGUGUUGAGUGACACAUUGUGGUAUGGUGUCUGAAUGUAUUUGUUGAUUUUAUAAUCAUGUCGCCAAAAGGGAGAAUAUAGCUCAGUAAAGUCAUGGCCAUUUCAAUAGCAGUAUUAAAUUAAGUGCAAGCCUAGUCACUUUUCAAGGGACGAUCGUUCAAAUAUUGGCCUAUAGUUUACACUUUUGUUAUUUCUGAUAUCUGAUCAUGAUAUUCGUAACAUUUAUUUGACUGUCAACAUAGGCCUUGAGAUUUCUUUUUUUUUUUUUUAAAUAGAAUAUAAUGAAUUUAUCUGAAUUGUAUAGCAUUUCAGAUCGCCAAAGAGGAUGUUUUGAAUAUGGCUUAGCUCAUGAUGAUGAUGAGAGAUGAUGCUUUGGCUCUUUUUCCUAAAGCGAUCAAUGAGCCAGGCUCACAAAACAAAUCAAUAUUUUAAUUUAAAUUAAAUCAGUAUUUAAAAAGAGUGUAAAACAGUAUGUAUUACGAAACAGCAUUGGCUGUGCAGUGGUUAAAAUGAUUUCAUCAGCACCUACACUGUAUUAUUUGUUCAGAUUCUUGCCAAGGCAAGUUCCCCCCUUCUGCAUGAACUCUAGUUUGUUACUCAAUGGCGUGAGUAAACAUUUAGCUAUUGCCACAGUGUCUGUAAAUGUGAAGGUCUGUGGGAACAAUGGUCGAUGAGCAUGUUUUAUGGCACGUCGAUGUCUGACCUCUGAAGGGUCUAAAGUAUCACGAUGUUAUAAAUAGGGAUCUCUGCAUUCAAGUGUUUUAGGUUGUGCAGAUAGAAUUGAAAGGAUGUUUUAUACUUUUAUUUUAUACUUCAUUUUCCGUGCUGAUGUUUAAGCAGUUACCCACAAGCCUUUCUUUGCUAACUGUCAGGAAUCUAGUAAGCACUUCCUCAUUUUCUAUAAGCACCUGUGGAACCUGGGCUUUUUGUUAGAUUUUUUUCUAAGCACUUCCUGUCCCAAGUAUAUGUAUGGCAAUGCUAUGGAACUAGUUUCUCUACAAAUCGGAGAUGUAUCUUUGGCCUCUCGUUUUUUUUUUUAUGUGUCAUCAUUUCAUUGUCUUUUUCAUUUUUGCCACAUAUCAGUAAGAUUAAUUCUUACAACCACCAUCAGGAUCAGCAUAUUUUUGCAUCAGCACUUUAAAAUACCAAUAAUGGAGAUUAACCUUAGAUAUUUGAGGUACCCAUAAUGUCAAGAACAGAGAAAGUGUUCCAUUGUUUUUGAUAAGCUUCAAUGUGAAACUUUUUCGGCUUGUUAUGUUGUGUAUAGUUCUUUUAUGUCAGUGUUACUUGCUGUCAGGUUACUGUAAAAUAUUUUCUGACAACUGAUACUUUUUGAAUCAAUUCAUCAAUCUGUCAAUGUUUUAUUAUAUUUUCUUACAUUUUAGAUAUAACAAUUUGUUGCCAUUUAAAAACUACUGUACAGUAUCUUGAUUAUAUUUGAAAUGUAAUUACGGUAUACAGCAUGCAAAUAUAUAUUUUAAUAAAUAUAUUUUACCUAUUAA